ACCCCCCCCCUUUUAAUUCCCACAACAAUUAGUGAUAUGGUUUAGUUUCAUCUUUCCUUUUGUUCUCUACUAAUUAAAACUUCAUUAAUAUUUUUUGCAAAUUACAAUUAAAUCGAGAGUUAGAUCAAAAGAUGUUGGACUAUAAUUGGGGAGAGCAAUCAUCUGUUAUGCUUUCGAAUGAUGAACAAAAUCAAGAAAAUGAGCAAAAUCGUGAAUUCUUUGACCCUUAUGGCCCUAAUACUCAAACUUACACUGAAAAUCCAUACCCUCAUCAACAUUUUCCUAACAUUCAACAACAAAAUCAUCAAUUUUUUCACACCCAAAACAACCCUACCACCCUUUAUGACCCACGUAGUUAUGAAACUUGUUACACCCCCCACCCCCACCCUCAAAGUUCAAUGUUACAACAAAAUAGUGGGUUUAUGGUUGUGCCAAAAAGUGAACCAAAUCAAUUUGUGGGUAAUGGUAGUGGAAUUGAUUUUGGGAGUAGUAGUAGUAGUAGAAUUGGGUUGAAUUUAGGUGGAAGAACAUAUUUCUCAUCUUCUGAAGAUCAUGAUUUUGUGAAUCGACUUUAUCGACGUUCUAGAGCAGUUGAAACUGCAGGUUCGAUAAUGAAUACUCCUAGAUGUCAAGCUGAAGGUUGUAAUGCUGAUCUUACUCAUGCCAAGCAUUAUCAUAGAAGACACAAAGUUUGUGAAUUUCACUCCAAAGCAUCCACUGUUAUCGCCGCUGGCUUAACUCAACGAUUCUGUCAACAGUGCAGCAGAUUCCAUUUGUUGUCGGAAUUUGAUAAUGGAAAGAGAAGUUGUAGGAAACGUUUAGCAGAUCAUAAUCGAAGGAGAAGGAAAAAUCAACAAGCAAAUUUAGAGAACAGCAAUAAAGAUAGUACCACAAAUUCACCAUCUGACACUCUUGCUAGGUCUCCAGCUGAUUCAGGAGCUCAUUGUUCAUCAGUGACUGUAGCAAUUUCUCCACCAAGAAUCUCACUGGAUGUUUUUAGGCAAAGACCAUAACAAAUUUCUUCUAUAAUUAAUUAUGCUAAGUAUUAAUUAGUACUAUAUAUCUAGCUACUAAUAGAGUAAAAUGAUGAGUAUUAAGAAUUAUAUGUUAACAUUUUAAUUAUUAAUUAGUACGCAUUAUUAGAAUUAUGUUAACCCUUGUAUUUCCUAGGGGACUUUUAAUAUGUAUUUUAAUGUCACAUGUAGCUAGAAACAUAUUUAAUUAAGAAUUUUCAAGUUUUUC